UGGGCAAGCUUCCCAGUCUGCGGAGCAUGCGACAGACAGCACGCUCUACGGCGAGAACAAGGGUUCCAUUUGCUGUUCACACACGAAACCGAGGGGAAGCUGUGCUCCCUAAUUUUACACGUUUAACAACAUUUGAGAAACGGGACUCAGGUCACCAAGAUGAAAGCCCUCAUCUUUGUAGCUGCUGGAGUCAUGCUUCUGUCGCCCACUUUUUGUCAAAGCGUUGCAGGCAUGGCAAAUGACGUACACAACUUGGCAAAACCAACCUUACCUAUUAAGACCUUCCGUGGGGCUCCCCCAAAUUCUUUUGAAGAAUUCCCCCUUUCUGCCAUAGAAGGCUGGACAGGAACUACCACAACUGUAAAAAUUAACUGCCCAGAAGAAAGGGUUUCAAAUCUCCACGUGAAUAAUGCUACCAUGGGGUACCUGAGCAGCUCCUUAAGUACCAAACUGAUCCCAGCCGUCUACAUCCUGGUGUUUGUAGUAGGUGUGCCAGCCAAUGCGGUGACCCUGUGGAUGCUCCUCUUCAGGACCAGAUCCAUCUGUAUGAACAUCUUCUACACCAACCUGGCCAUGGCAGACUUUCUUUUUUGCAUCACACUGCCCUUUAAGAUAGCUUACCACCUCAAUGGGAACAACUGGGUAUUUGGAGAGGUGAUGUGCCGGGCCACCACAGUCAUCUUCUAUGGCAACAUGUACUGCUCCAUUCUGCUCCUCGCCUGCAUUAGUAUCAGCCGCUACCUAGCCAUUGUCCAUCCUUUCACAUACCGAGGUCUGCCCAAGCGUACCUACACCUUGCUGACAUGUGGACUGGUGUGGGCAACGGUUUUCUUAUACAUGCUGCCAUUCUUCAUCCUGAAGCAGGAAUAUUACCUUGUCCAGCAGGACAUCACCACUUGCCAUGAUGUCCACAACACAUGCGAGUCCUCAUCACCCUUCCAACUCUACUACUUCAUAUCCUUGGCAUUCUUUGGAUUCUUAAUUCCCUUUGUGGUCAUUAUCUACUGCUACACAGUCAUCAUUCGGACGCUUAAUGCAUAUGAUCACAGAUGGCUGUGGUAUGUUAAGGCGAGUCUCCUCAUUCUUUUGAUUUUCACCAUUUGCUUUGCUCCAAGCAAUAUUAUCCUCCUUAUUCACCACGCUAACUACUACUACAACAAUACUGAUGGCUUAUAUUUUGUCUAUCUCAUAGCUUUGUGCCUUGGGAGCCUGAAUAGUUGCCUAGAUCCACUCCUUUAUUUUCUUAUGUCAAAAAUCAUAGAUCACUCCACUGUUUACCUUACAAUGGUGAAAUCACCUUAGAGAACCAGGAACGCCAUCUGUGAAAACACACCUUCUUGGGACGAUAUAUGCCCAGUACAAAGGGUUCUACCCUCUAACUCUAUUCUUGAGCUCCUAAGAAAUACUGCCUCAAAAUAAAACACUACAAAAGCACUUUUUUAUUUUAAUACUUUUUCAGGAUUUUAAGAGUGUCAGUGCAGAAGAAAAGAUAUGAUCAUCUUUAGGGCAACUGACACACUUGCCUGAUGGUACUUCAAGACCUUUAAUUCUCCAUCUUCCCUACUUCCAGUAGGUUUCAACCCUACAUGUCCUGGAGGAGGAGGUGGGACAAGGGCAAAGCACAGGGAGAAGCUAACAUCUCAGUUUUCAGUGUUUGGCGUCAUUUUUGAUUCGUCUUCCUUCUCCAACUCUCACACAGGUGGUGCCUCAUCAGCUCACUCGAAGUGAUUUUUAUCACUAGGGGCCAUUACCUUAAUCCCACAUUUGCCUUCUAACCAUUCUUUUCACUGCCAGCCUAUUCUAUGUCACUGGCCAUUGCCAGAUUAAUCUUCCUGAGAUCAUAUUGAACACAUCACUCAAAAAUCCCAGCUCACACACUGCCAAUGAUUGUUCACUGUUUUGGAAUAAGUUAUAAAUCUUUAGCCUGACAUUCAGAGAUAAUUUUCGAACUUUGCUUCCCAAUAAACCUUGCCUGCAAAGUAGGCACCAGCCAAGCUUCUUGAUUUGCUAUAAUCUUGACUUCUCCUUUCUGCUCUUGCUUCUCUAACUGUAAAGCUGUUUUUAACAUGUUUGCCUUAAUUCUUUCCAUCUCUUAAAGUCUUCAAUGGACCAUUCUUCUGAUUCUCAAGCUAGAAGUUCAUUUUUCUCAUCUCCCUUUCUUGUAUUUUUGACAUUUAUAUACAAAUAUUAAUUUCAUAAAUACUUAUUAAACACCCUGUAUAGUAAAGAAGGGGCUACUCCUCUCCCUUCUUUAGUUUCCUGUAGACCCAAGUCUUCUCAGGGUUUGUGGGGCCCAGAUCCAUGCUCUGUAUAACAUGUUGCUGAGUGAAUGAAUAAAAUCUCAAAGCAGCAAAACAGUAUGAAAGCCCAUUCAAUUGUUACUCAGAAGGCAAGGUACCUUGUAUGACAAGGGACAUUAUUUUUUGGUUGGGCAUGUAAAAAAAAAAAAAAAGGUAAGUUAGAACAUACUCAUAAAAUCAUUUAAAAGUUCAAAAUAACAAAACAUUAAAAAAUUAAAAAAAAAAAGGGUGGGGUGUCUGGGGGUCUUAGUCGGUUAGGCAGACUUUGGCUCAGGUAAUGACCUCACGGUCCAGGAGUUCCAGCCCUGUGUUGGGCUCUGUGCUGACAGUUCAGAGCCUGGAGCCUGCUUCAGAUUCUGGGUCUCCUUUUCUCUCAGCCCCGCAUUGGGUACAGAGAUUACUUGAAGAAAAAAGAAAAAAAAAACAUAAAAAGAAACCUAAAAUAAGUUUUAAGAUGACAGAAACUUCAAUGAAAGGAAUUGGUUUCUGCAAAUAAAGCCAUCAUAUGUAAUACAGUUUCACGUAAAAGAAAAAUGUAGUAAUAUUCACUUGUUAAAAGCACACAACUCUUGUGCAGUAAAUAUAUACGUAGCAAAACAGAACGUUUUUGGGUAUCUAAUUCACAAAGUCUCAAGGAAAGCCUUCAAUUUUAAAAUAGCUCACAAUUCACUGCCUCUGGUGAACAAAGUGUGUUUUCUGUUAAGUAUGUGCCAACAUGCGCAUUACCCAGCCUUUCUCCUGAGACAAAAGGAAUUUGGUUUCUACACAAGGUUACACUUGAAAUACUAUUAACGAGGAGCAAGACUUCUCACCAGCUUAAAUCCCUGUCCUCAACCUUUGAUAAAACUGGCCAUCCGUUCCAUGC